CGAAAGUGGAAAUUCACUUGGCGUUUGAGCUAAAAUUCUUUCCGCCAGCAGCUUCUUGUGUGGUUAAAAUUUUAUUUUCCUCUUUUACUUCGAUAUUAACCGGUCUCGGAAAGUGUUAAAUCGAAGGAUUCCGACGAAAAGUUCCUCCGUUCGCAAUGGCAAAACGCGGUAGAAAAGGAAGAGGGCAUUACAAGGCGAAAACAUCUUCAUUCCCCGUGAGAAAGCAACUUGCCAGUGCCACAUCGAUCAGCAAUGUCGCUACGCCUAGGGUACAUCCGGCGACUAAUGACUGCUACCCGCUAAACAAACUGUGCCGGUUGUGCUUGCUGUCGAACAUCAAUAUGGAGCCAAUUUUCUCGUAUCCAGGAGACGAUCAUCUCGCUCAGAAAAUUUUUCAAUGCACGAAUCUGGAGAUAAAAGAGAACGCAGAUAAUGGAAUUCCGACCUCAUUAUGUGGACAGUGUAAGAAACAAUUGGACCAGUGCUACGAAUUUCGCUUGCUUUGCUGGAAAAAUAACGAAAUCCUGCAUAAUCUGCAUGCAAUUCUCAGCCCAACAAAAAAAGUACCACAGCCGGUGAUGCGCUCCAAUCCCGUAGUGCAGGUGGAAAAGCUAAAUCUGAGUCCCAGCUUAAUGCCAACUCCAGCCAAACGUGGCAAGCCCACCAUAAACAGUUUUGGAGAGAUUCCUCUCAGCCAGCUGUAUACACCGUCGCGGCGUGGCCAUAAAGCUGUUAAAACUCAUCCGCAAUUUACAAAGGAAUUGGUAGUUCGUUUAUCACCAGUUCCGGCGUCACUGAUCAGCAAAUUUAAAAAGACCACUGUAACUCAAACAAAAGCUGCAAUGAAAUCUUUCCCCCAAUCUCCCAGGCCAAGGGGUAGACCAAAGGGUUCUGUGAAAGCUACAGCUAAACCCGUUGUUAAACGUGUUGCUAAACCCAUUGUUAAACACAUUGCUAAACCUAUUGCUAAACCCAUUGCAAAACUUAAAGUCAUCCCUAAGACAUUUACUAAGUCCAAGGUGGAGAAAAAAGUGGUUGUUCCAGUAGCAGCUAAGAAGCACAAAGCCAAGCGCGCCGAAAUUGCUGUUCCGCCGAAGAAACGAAAGGAAAACUUCCAAACAGCUCCGACGGUUACCACGGCCACGUGUGUCCUUUGCACUCAAGCGUUCAACAGCGUGAAAAGCCUAAGUCGCCACAUGGCCACUCAUGAGAAUGACUUGCUAAUUGAUUUUCUGAACCGCAAAAAUAAUCGUGUAUUCAACUGCGACGUAUGUAAGAAAGAAUAUCUGAAAGCCUCUCAACUCACCGACCAUUUGCGAAGCGCUGACCACGUUGAAAAUGCAGCGAGAAACGGAGCAAAUUUUGACGAAAUCUCCAUUCUUCCCGAUGAAUCCGAAGCAGAGGUUUCGAUUCUACCGGAUGACACCGAGGUUUCGAUACUACCUGAUGAUCAUUCGACUGCUGAGGUCAACGUUUCUGUUGAAUCUUCUGAGAACGCAGAACAGGAACCGGAAGAAAUAACGGAUCGCGUCGCUGACGAGACUGAGAGGUGUCAACCGUCACCCGAUACUAACGAUAAUUCCCAACAAAAUGAACCAGCGCAAGAGGAUGUGGUAAACGAUCGUAGCCAUGGACUGGAAACCAACGUUCAGCCAGAAGCAGAGAUAAAUACCAACAGAGAUGCAAGUCCAAUACCGGUUGAUAGUGAUUCGUCCAGAUCAUUAGAAGGCGGCGUACAGUACAGCGAUGUUUGCUCUACGAACAAUGCAGAAAAUUUAUUAAAUGGAAGCGGAGCAGAUCCGUUCAAUGCUUCACGACGCGUCACGUUUUCAGACAUCACUGAAAUAGUUGAAUAACUAUUGCGUUGAUUGUCUCCUGUCGAUGAGACCUUCAUUCUAUCCUAAACAUAAUGAAUAAUUUCAGACAUACGUUGUAACACGAGAAGAAUAUCUUGAAUUGUCUACCGAAUGUACUUUUCAGUUUCUGUUGUGCAAAAUACGUAGAUUCGCGUCUUAUUUUAUAGAAUAGAAUACUUGCACGACAAGCUGCAACAUAAACAAAUAUAGAUACCCAUUGAAUGGACAUGCUUCUCGGUAAUAAGAAAUCUGCAGAAAAAAAAACCGUUUGGCAAGUAGAUAUAGGCAAAACGAUUUAAACAUCAUUUAAGGUAACUUAAUCGAUUAAUGCAUGCUGAAAAAAAAAUUGGUGUUGAAUAAAUUACGGAUUGCAUUUUUUAAAUAAA